AUGCCUGGUGUGUCGACGUUGGCGAGCAAGGGCCUUGCGCCCAAGCCCAAGGCUCGCUUUGGGGUAAGACAACACCAGGAUGUUGACCAGGGAGCAGCGGCCCCAGCGGUGGGCGAGCCGAUGGCGCAGGAGUCACAGAGCAGCCUGAUGGAUGAAGUGGAGGGUGAUGAGGCCAUGUAUUCCCACCUGCUGCCCAAAGUGAUGGCCCCUUUCGAGACGCGGUCCGGGGAAACGCCGCGCAAGGUGCUGAUCCAAAGGAAGCGGCGUCAGUUCGCAGCACAGGACGUGGCAGCACUGGUCCAGAGCGAGGGCGUGCCGCCCACGUCGGAAGAGCAUUUCCCUUUGGAGAUCUUUGACAACACCAACUACGAGUCACGGACGCACCCGGAGUGGGUGCCGCGGCGGCCGGGUGCUCCUCCCACUUCCGCACGGGCGCUGGUGCGCGCCGGAACCGACGACGGCGCCGGCGGACUAGCCUGGGUGCCUUGUACGGUAAUCGACUACAACGAGGCCGCAAAUGCGUACGGCGUGUUGCUACUGCAGAGCGGCAGCACCGGCGGCGGCGGGGUCCAGACCGCUAGCGGCGACGAUGGCUCAGGCCCCGGUCUGGGUCCCUUCGGUCACAUCAGCGAUGGGGCCAUGCUGGCGGAGGGCAGAGUCAUCUGGCUUCCGCGACUUAAGUCGAGGGCGGGAAAUAUAUAUUGCGCGGAGGAUGGCAAUGGCACACGAGGGGUAGCUGGGGUGUGCUUCAGCGCGGAGGACCCCGCGGUGUUCGCCCGGCGCUACGCUGAGGCGCACCGCAGCCGGGCGCGUGCCGAGUCGCUGCUGCGGUACAACUUGUACAUCGACUCCAUGCCCACGGACGACAUCCCGCCGCUCACCAACGAACAGGUGAACAGGAUGUUGUCCUUCGCGCUCAACAGCAAACGGCUGAAAGACAAGCUGAUGGACACCAGCGCACUUAUUGCGGAGGUGAACAUCGAGUACGCGCGCACCAUGAACAAGGUGGUGUUCGACACAGCCUUGCAAGGAGCCCGCGCGGAGAAGGAGGCGGCGGCGGCGAGCGGCCGGGCCGCCAGUGCCGCCACAGCGCCACUCAUCCCCGUGAACGAGGACUUCCCGCGCGACCCGCCACGGCUGGUGCCGGACAAGGGCACCGUGCCUCUGGAAGGUUCUACGGACUUCCCCCAGCAGUUCAGCGAGUUCAGCUUCAAGACGUUGCUGACCAAGCCCGAGGUCAUCACCGCCAUCACCAAGAUCAAGGUGGAGUGUGCCAAGGUGGCCAAGAUGUGCCUCUUCAACACGCAUUACACCAAGUCGGCACGUCUGGAGGAGCUGGAGCAGGGGCAGCUGGUCGCCUUGGACAGCGCCGGCAACUACCUAAAAGACAGCUGGUGUGUGGCUCUUCGCAACGCCAUCCGCAACAGCUUCAAGGACGUGGGCAAGGGCUGGUUCAACCUAGCUGAGGCAUCCAUGGAGACGUACGAAUUUUCCAAGCUGCGCAAGUUCCUGACGCUGACGCGGUUCGUGAUGGAGGAUACCAUGAGGGGGCUGGUGGAGGACAGUCUUGCCAAAUUCACCACGUUUGUUCAGGGCUGCUGCCCCCGCCGCGUCAUCGUGCACAGCACCAGCCACGUGGAAAUCCAGGAUUCCGCCUCCUCCGGUGUCACCAUCGCCGCGACGGCGCUCUCCGUCGCGGCCGCGGCCGCGGCGGCGGCGGCGGGUGGUCCGGGCCGUAAGCCGCCGCUACUGGCCUUGGACUUGGCGGUCAGCAAGGAGGGCGGGAGGUUCGUGUACAGCACGCCGCCACCCACCAUCAUCACCAAGAUCAUGGUGCUCUUCGACGCGGCCAUAACCCGCACCCAAGGGCUGCACACCCUGGAGCCGGCCAUCAUGGAGAACCUGUUCUGGGCCACAGCGCCCAUCUUGUCUACCGUACACCCGCAGGAGGAGGGUGUGGUAAAGCUUCGUGAGUCUUUGCGAGCCACUUUGACAGCGGCACUGGUGCCUCUUGAUGAAUACAUGGCCAAGUUUGAAAAGUACGUGGGGCUGCUACAGCUCAACGUGGACAGCUACGUGGCGGCACUGGAGAACAAGGGCGCGGACCUGUCUCUGACAGAGGUCCGUACCGAGAUCAGGCGCGCCUCCGCUGACCUGGAGUCCCUUUUGGAGAGUGUACCCGUGGGUAUCUCCCUCGGACUGGUGCAGAUCAACCUGUCCAAGACGCGGGAGUUGCUGGUGAAGAAACAGGAGAAGCUGGUUUCACUUCUGAAGGGCCUCGCUGCUCGUGUUCCCCGCCGGUCAAUGGCCUCUGUUUCGUCCAAGUUUGCAGAAAUUGACCGCGCGCUGAAGGCCAAGGCCAACAACCUGGAAGACGUGGACGAGCAGCGGAAGUACAUCGAGCAGCUGCCCAACAAGAUCGCGGACCUAAUGGCUGAGGUGGAGAACCAGCGAGGCUGGUACGAGCUGCUGGACCAGCUGCGUUACCUGCUGCCGGAAGACGACCUGAAGGAGAAGUUCCAAGGGGAGAGCUGGGGAGUGCGGCUGGGCCGACAGGCGGAGCGGCAGCUUGAGGAUGACGUGAGCCAAUGCAAAUCACUCAGUUCGACCCGUGGGUCUGUCCUCUCUCCGAUACUUGCUGGUAAAGGCAAGGUGUUGUCCACUGACGAGGCUCGCUACAAGAACGAGAUGUUCAUCGAACAAGACAUGUUCCGCGACACCAUUGGCGACCUGCAAGUGGUGGUUAGCAAUUUCGGAUUGUACACCGACUUGGCGAAAAUGGACUCUGUGGUGGCGGAGGUACGGGCCGUGGACGAGCGACUGCGCAAGGCCGACCACGACGCCACGUUGUUCAACAGCCGUGAGGCCCUCCUGGGUCUGCCGCCCACCGACUACUCUCCGUUACGGAAGGUCAUUGAGACGUUUGACCCCUUCUUCCAGUUCUGGACCACAGCCUCUAACUGGCGACACCUGCACAAGAGCUGGAUGCAUGACUCCUGGGAGAAGCUGCACGGAGAGACGGUGGAACGCGAGGUCAACAACGCAUACAAGGUGCUGUACAAGACCGGCAAGGUGUAUGCGCAGCGCGGCAUGGACAAGUACGCGGAGAACUGCGAGACUGUGAGGGCGGAGGUGGAGGCCUUUAAGAAGUUCGUGCCGCUGGUGCAGGCUCUAAGAAACCCCGGCAUGCGGGACCGGCAUUGGGACCAACUGUCGGCAUCUCUGGGCUUUAAGCUGCAUCCCGACAAGAACUUUACCUUGUCGCACGGGCACCAGAUGGGCCUCCUGUCGCAUCUCCAGGUCAUCAGCAAGAUCGCUGACGUGGCGGGCAAGGAGUACGGCAUCGAACAGGUCCUGGACUACCGGGAAACCAAGACCUUCGUGGUGAAGGUGGAUGACCAGAUCAGCCAGAUGAUGGACGACCACAUCGCCAUGACACAGUCCAUGGCGUUCAGUCCCUACAAGAAACCGUUCGAGGAGCGCAUCGUGAAGUGGGAGCAACAGCUCAACCUGGUAUGUGCGGCUGUCUAUGUGAGCGAGAUUCUGGACCAGUGGAUUCAGCUGCAACGUCAGUGGAUGUAUCUGGAGCCCAUCUUUGGCUCCGAAGACAUCAUGCAGCAGCUGCCCCUGGAGGGUAAGAGGUUCGCCACGGUGGACCGGAUGUGGCGCAAGACCACGGAGGCCGCCAAGCGCAACCCACUGGUCCUCAAGGUAUGUUCCUCCCAGAAGCUUCUGGAUUCGUUCAUCGAGGCGAACAAGCUCCUGGAGAGCGUGCAGAAGGGCCUGGCGGAGUACCUGGAGACCAAGCGACUGGCCUUUGCGAGGUUCUUCUUCCUGUCCAACGACGAGCUGCUACAGAUUCUGUCGCAGACAAAGAACCCCCUGGCGGUGCAGCCCCACCUCCGCAAGUGCUUUGAGGCCAUUGAAAGUCUGGAUUUCGGUUCCGGCGGGGAGAUCAGCGCCAUGAACAGCAGGGAGAAGGAGAAGGUGCCGUUUGACAAGAGCAUGAUGCCGCAGGGCAACGUUGAGAUCUGGCUGGGCGAGGUGGAGCGGCGCAUGCGCAGCAGCGUACGGCAGCAGGUGAUGCUGUCCAUGGCGGCUUACACGCAGUCGGAGCGUAAGCAGUGGGUUCGCGAGUGGCCCGCCAUGGUGGUUCUGGCGGUCAGUGCCAUCUUCUGGUCGAGCCAGGUGGAGGAGGCCAUCAAAGGCGGUACCGUUCCCGCCUACCUGGACCGCUGCACUGCCGACCUCAUGGACCUCACGGAGCUGGUCCGAGGCCGCCUCUCCAGCCAGGAGCGCCUCACGUUGGGGGCGCUCAUCACCAUUGAUAUCACCGACUUCGAAUGGGUGUCCCGCCUGCGUUACUACUGGCGGGACGAGGAUGUGUAUGUGGAUAUGGUGCAGGCCAGCAUCUCUUACGGCUACGAGUACCUGGGUAACACUCCCCGCUUGGUGAUUACUCCGCUGACUGACCGCUGCUACAUGACCCUCAUGAGCGCCAUGCACAUGAACCUGGGGGGAGCACCCGCGGGGCCGGCAGGUACGGGCAAGACCGAAACUACGAAGGACCUUGCCAAGGCUCUGGCCAAGCAGUGUGUGGUCUUCAACUGCUCAGACGGUCUGGACUACCAGGCCAUGGCCAAGUUCUUCAAGGGUCUGGCCAGCAGUGGUGCCUGGGCCUGCUUUGACGAGUUCAACCGUAUCGACUUGGAGGUGCUGUCCGUGGUGGCUCAGCAGAUUUUGACCAUUCAGUUGGCCAUCCAGGCCAAGGUGAAGCGCUUCAUCUUUGAGGACACGGAGAUCGACCUUAACCCCGCCUGCUCCGUCUACAUCACCAUGAACCCCGGAUACGCAGGCCGUUCUGAGCUCCCCGACAACCUCAAGGCACUGUUCCGCCCCUGCGCCAUGAUGGUUCCCGACUACGCGCUCAUUGCGGAGAUCUGCCUGUACAGCUACGGCUAUCGGGCGGGUAAGGACCUGGCGCGGAAGAUGGUGGCCACCUUCAAGCUGUGCUCUGAGCAGCUCUCCAGCCAGGAUCACUACGACUACGGCAUGCGUGCCGUCAAGUCGGUCAUCACUGCCGCUGGCAACCUGAAGCGCGAGUUCCCCGACGACAACGAGGAGGUGUUGCUGCUGAGGGCGCUGCGGGACGUCAAUGUGCCCAAGUUCCUGAGCCACGACCUGCCGCUGUUCAACGGCAUCAUCACUGACCUCUUCCCCGGGGUCAAAAUGCCUGAGGUCGAUUACGCCAGUCUUCUGUCAGCUCUUGGCGAGUCAUGCAAGGAGCUGGGCAUCCAGGCCGUGGAGCCCUUCGUUGCCAAAGUCAUCCAGCUGUACGAAACUACCAUUGUACGGCAUGGGCUUAUGCUUGUGGGACCCACCAUGGGCGGCAAGACCUGCUGCUACCGGUCGCUGCAGAAGGCUAUGACGAAGCUGGCCGUGGCGGGAGAUCCAAAGUACGAGCGCGUGCGCGUGGUGUCGCUCAACCCCAAGUCCAUCACCAUGGGUCAGCUGUACGGCGAGUUUGACGAAAACACCCACGAGUGGACGGACGGCGUGCUGGCCUGCUACAUGCGGGAGUGCUCCGAGGACCCCAAGCCGGAUAAGAAGUGGAUCAUGUUCGACGGCCCCGUGGACGCGGUGUGGAUUGAGAACAUGAACACGGUGCUGGACGACAACAAGAAGCUGUGUCUUGUCAGCGGCGAGAUCAUCCAGCUGAGUUCGUCCAUGACCAUGAUGUUUGAGGCAAGUAUGGAUGUGGCUGGGUGGAUGGCUGGGUGGAUGUGGCUGGUUGAGGACCUGGCCGUCGCCUCUCCCGCCACCGUCUCCCGCUGCGGUAUGGUUUACAUGGAGCCCACCGCGCUCGGACUGGAGCCGCUGCUGCGGAGCUGGCUGGGCCGGCUGCCACCCGGGGUUUCGGAGCACGGGGCGCUGCUGGCGAACAUCUUCAAUGCGCUGGUACCGGAGGGGCUCAGAACGCUCCGCAAGAGCCUCAAGGAAACCGUCGCAACCGUCAACAACAACCUGGUGGCUUCCUGCUUCGGGCUCAUGGACUCCCUGCUCAAGGCUUUCGAGCGCGCUGAAGGCCAAGAACCUCCCACUGCUGAUGAAAAGGCCGCUCAAGCCGCUAUGCUGCCUAGCCUCAUGCUGUUCAGCAUCGUGUGGAGCGUGGGGGCCUCGUGCGACAAGGCGGGACGUGCCGCGUUCGAUACCUGGUUUCGGAGCCAGAUUCGCGACAGCGGCCUGACGCUGGCUGACGGCGCCAUGAUGCCGGCCACGGGCAGCGUAUACGACUGGGUGUACGACGUGACGGGCAGCUUCACGGAGAACGGCGCGCCGGGCUGGGCGGGCUGGAUGGCAACGGUGCCGGAAUUCCGGUGUGACCCGGACCGGCCGUUUGCUGAGAUCAUCGUGCCUACUGCCGACACCGUCAGAUACACGUAUUUGGUGGAUAGGCUGGUUGCCGCCCACCGCCACGUGCUAUGUGUGGGUGAGACCGGGACGGGUAAGACUCUCAACGUGGCUAACAAGCUGCUCAACGACAUGCCGCCCGAGGUGCAGCCGCUGUUCAUGACCUUCUCAGCUCGCACCUCAGCAAACCAGACUCAG